AUGUUCUUGCACGCGAGCUAUCCGAGCGACGUGGUGUGCACGGCGAAUCGCUUCUUUAUCCAGCCUGGCCCGAUCCUCAAUCUGAGCUUACUGAGUCUCCAUACGCUCUACUUCGAGGCGCUUCGCCUCGUGCAUAAGCCUCUGCUCUGCUUCGUUGUAAGCAUUGAAGUGCUGUUUCUGCUCAUCAUCAAUGCGUCUCCUCUGGCUGGUCAAUCUAAUCGUCGCAACCGCGACUCCAGGCCGAAAGCGUCGAAAAUCUCAUCUACGUGCAUGGGCUCUGCCAUCGUCACGUCUUAA